UGAGGUGGCUUCAAAGAUGGAGACUAGCUCCAUACGUCAACUUUGGCAUCAAAAUGGGAGGUGCCCCAAGGACACCAUCCCUAUUAGGAGGACCAAGAAGGAUGAUGUGAUGAGAGACAGCUCUGUCGAAAGAUACGGAAAGAAGAGGCACCAUCCCUAGUAGGAGGACCAAGAAGGAUGAUGUGAACAAUCGAUGGACAACAAAAAUAAAUAUUUUCUUUUUGUAUAUUCAAGUAAUUUAAUAGCCCGCAAGAAAGAGAGAGAAAAUCUUGUUAUAGAAAUCCUUCAUUAUGGAGGAAACAAUUGAUGGACAAUUAAUUUGAUAAUCAGAUAAGCUCUUUCAAUUAAUGCACAAAAUUAAGCAGAAUCUGUGGCAUUUAAUUUAACUAAGAUAUUCUUUGAUAUAUAAUAGGCAACCAGGAAGAAGAAGUUUGUUAUAUAUAUAUUGGAUGGUGUAUGUUUUUAUUUUCAUUGAAAAGGGUUUGAAAGAAAGGGCUAUGGAGGUGCACAAUAGUAUGAGCCAUGGCCUGGUUGCGCUAUUGCUAGUGAUGAUUUGCUUAUCUUGCAUCAUGGCUAGAGUGUGGGCUACAAUCGAGCAGUUCGAGGUGCAGCAACACUUGAUCCGAUUGGAUAAACCUGUCAAAAGCAUCAAGAGCCCGGAUGGGGAUAUCAUAGACUGUGUCCAUAUCUCUCAUCAGCCAGCCUUCGAUCAUCCUUUGCUCAAAAACCAUACUAUCCAGAUGAGACCAAGUUUCCACCCAUUAGGCCGAUACGAUGAGAAUAGGGAGGCAUCAAAGAUGGAAACUAGCUCCAUACCUCAACUUUGGCAUCAAAAUAGGAGGUGCCCCAAGGACACCAUCCCUAUCAGGAGAACUAAGAAGGGUGAUGUGCUGAGGUCCAGCUUUAUCGAAAGAUAUGGAAAGAAGAGGCAUAGGACAAUCCCAAAUCCAACUUCUAUAGAACCCAACUGGAAUAGCAUUGGACAUGAGCAUGCGAUUGCUUAUGUAACAGGAGAUAAGUACCAUGGAGCAAAGGCAACCAUAAAUGUGUGGAACCCGAAGCUGGAAAACAAAGAUGAGUUCAGUCUGUCUCAACUUUGGAUUCUUGGAGGUCCUGCAGAAGUUCUCAAUACCAUCGAAGCUGGCUGGCAUGUAUAUCCAAUGUUGAAUGGAGAUCAUAGAACAAGACUAUUUACUUUCUGGACGGGUGACGGUUAUAAAUCAGGCUGCUACAACCUACGAUGCUCUGGGUUCGUUCAAGUCAACAAGGAGGUAGCAUUGGGAGCCACCAUUUACCCCAUUUCUAGCUAUGGUGGACGCCAAUAUGAAAUCACUUUGUCUCUCUGGAAGGAUCCAAAAACGGGGAAUUGGUGGCUGCAGUAUGGGAAUCAAUCUCCAGUGGGGUACUGGCCUUCUUCCUUGUUCCCUCAUCUGUCUGAUAGUGGCUCAGUGAUACAAUGGGGAGGGGAGGUUGUGAACUUAUAUUCAAAAGGUCAGCACACCUCCACGGAGAUGGGCAGUGGCCAUUUCCCAGAAGAAGGUUUUGGCAAGGCGAGCUUCUUCAAAAACAUACGAAUAGUUGAUAAGUCCGACCAACUUCAAGCUCCUCGAGGGGUUCGCACUUUUGCUACACAAGCCAACUGCUAUAAUGUGCACCAUAAGAACAAUGGUUACUUCUACUACGGGGGUCCUGGUUUAAAUCCUAAUUGUACAACGUAGAAGGUCGUAGGUUUUUGUAUCUCCAUCUUGUUGGGCAAAGAAAAUUAU